CAAAUCCUCUCCUCACACCUCACGACCCUAACCUCCUUCGGGCAAAUCAACGCCUUCAGCACCUUCCAAUCCUACUACAGCACCACUUUACUCCCUUCUUACCCCACCUCCUCAAUCGCCUGGAUCGGCACCCUCCAAAUCCUCUCCAUCUACAGCCUCGGCUUCAUCUCCGGCCGGCUAGCCGACAGCGGACAUCUCCGCCUCACGCUGUUUACUGGCUUCGUGCUGCAAGCGGCGGGCCUCUUUGCUGCCAGCGCCGCGACGCGCUAUUGGCAGCUGCUGCUGGCGCAGGGCGUGUGCUGCGGCGUGGGCAUGGGACUGGGAUUUACGCCGGGGGUGGCGAACGCGGCGGGCUGGUUUGGGAGGGGCACGGGGAGGGAGAGGUGGCGCGUUGUGGCCGUGUCGAGUGUGGCGUGUGGAGGCGCGACGGGGGCGUUGGUGUUUGCGGGGAUGGCUGAGAGGUUGUUGGACAGGGUGGGGUUUGCGUGGACGAUGCGCGCCAUGGGGCUCGUGGUUGUGGUUUGUGGGGCUGUGGUUGUGGGGUUAGUGCGGAAGGCGCCGCGGAUGGAGACGCAGGUGGAGAAGGAGGGCGAGGAGAGGGCGCCGUGGAUUGAGUGGCGCGCAUGGCGGGAGCCGGUGUUUGCGGGCUUUUGCGUUAGCAUGUGGUUUGCGUUCUGGGGCGUUUGGAUCGCUUACUACUACGUCCGUCCCUUCUCCCUCACAAUCCUGCACGUCUCGCCCAACACAUCCUUCACCUACCUCCUAGUCCUCAACGCGAUCGGCAUCCCCGGGCGCCUCGUCCCCGCCCUCCUCGCCGACCGCCUCCUCGGUCCCCUCACGACCUUCAUCCCCGUCCUCCUGUGCGCAGGCAUCUCGCUCUUCGCGUGGGCCGCCGUGCGCACGCCCGACGGCAUGCUCGCGUUCGUGCUCGUGUACGGCUUUUUCGGCGCUGGCACCCAGGCCCUGCUGCAGGCUGCGCUCGCGAGCUUGUGUCCGGAGCCAAGGCGUGCGGGCGCGCGCAUGGGCCUCGGCUUUGGCGUUGUCGGACUGGCCAGCUUGACGGGCAGUCCGGUUGGCGGCGCGCUGAUUCAGGUGGCUGGGGGGAGGUAUGUUGGUGCGCAGUGUUUUGCGGGUGCGGCUAUGUUGUUGGGG